AUGUAUCUCGCAGUAAAAACUGUGGACGCCUACUUAACGGGGAUGAAGCACCUUUCCUCCCUUCUGCAGGUGUCUCCGGAGCAGGUGAUCCUGUCCCACAGCCCCCUGCGGCUCUUCAGUCAGUUCCACCAGAAGUGCGUUCUGGUGGCAGGGCAGGGGCCUGUGGAGGAGAACGCCCGGAACUUGGGGUUCAAACAUGUGGUCACCGUAGAGGCACUGAGGAAGGCGUUUCCCCUAUUGGACAUGGUGGAUCAAAGCCGGAGGCCAAAGGAGCUGCCUCCUCCAACCACUGACUUCCCCACUAUAGAAGGGGUGAUUCUGUUUGGGGAGCCGGUCAGGUGGGAGACAAGUCUGCAACUUAUCAUUGAUGUACUCUUGAGCAAUGGGAACCCUGGGGCAGAGCUGGAAGAUAUACCAUACCCUCAUCUGCCUGUUCUCGCCUGCAACAUGGAUCUUCUGUGGAUGGCUGAAGCCAAGAUGCCCAGGUUUGGCCAUGGCACUUUCCUUCUCUGCUUGGAGAACAUCUACAAGAAGGUGACAGGCCAUGAGUUGAAGUACGAGGCCUUGAUUGGCAAACCCAGCACAGUCACCUAUCGCUAUGCUGAAUACCUGAUAAAACAGCAGGCUGAGAAACAAGGGUGGAAGUCUCCCAUCCGACGCCUCUAUGCAAUUGGGGAUAAUCCCAUGUCUGAUGUCUAUGGGGCAAACCUCUACAACAGCUACCUCAAGUCAGCUCACCAGAACAAGACCCAGGCUGGGGUGAAGAGGAGCCCACUGGCAGCUAGCCCCCAAACUGAGGACCAGCUCGAGCAAAGGAAAGACUGCAACGUUUCAAUGGAGAGCUGCGAGUCAAUUCUGGUCUGCACUGGGGUCUACCGCCACAACGCAGAUGUUCCCAAUAACCCGGAGGAGUGCAUGACGGAGUCUGUGUUCCACGGGCAUCGGGACUUCUGCUUUGACCCCAGACUGGUGGAGGCAUCAUACGUAGUGCAGGAUGUGAACGACGCUGUGCAACUUGCUUUCAAGAAGGAAAACUGGAGCUAGGGGUGAGACGGGUGUGCUGCAAAGAUCUACGGUCAGGGGUUUCAUGUGGUGGAAAGGGGAGAGGAGGAGAACAGGUUGAGACCUGAGGUGAUGAUCUAGUCUAGCCAACAUGAAAGAAAACUCCUUGUCUCAACACUAAAUACCCCUUGUUUGUACUGAUACUCUUCUGCAAUCCUGACAGCUGCCAGCCGGCUUUCAACUGUGAACUUAACGUUGCUACAAUCACAACCAUAAUGGAAACGGGACAUAAUGAGAAGGCCUGUCCCAGCAGUUCCAGUUUUGUUCUGCCAUCAGAAUUCUUUCUCUUCCACCCUUUGUGCAUGGGGAUCAGGCGAGCCUACUCUCCUCCUUGCGACGUAUUUGAGGAUGAAGCCCUUUCCUGUGCAAAGAGCCACCAUCAGCCAACAUACCAUACAUACAACGUGCCAUUCAUCCAAUUUGUGAUGCGAGCAGCCUAGAAGCUCUGCUGUGGUGGCGCUCUGCCAAGGGAAGGCUUUAACUCUUAACAGUCUCCUUAUAAUGAAUAAGUGCCUAUGGACUUGAACAAAUUCUACUUGCUUGGGGAUUUGCCACUGCAUCACUGUCAGUCUGAAACAAAGUCCCAUUUUGUCGCCCUCCAGCAGCUAGGGAGGGGCCGGGCCCCCCAAAGGAAGCUGCAGUUGCCAGAGCAGCUUGCUGCAGGGCCAAGGGAAAAGUUGUAUUAUUCCCUCCCUGCUAUUUAGCAUUCUGUGAAUACUUCUGCCUUUUGCAGCCAGCCUUAGGAGCCAGCAGUUGUCUCUCAAGAGCAGAGGGAAACACCUCGGUAUCUGACUUUCCACAGGUGUCCUUGCCUAGAGCUCAGUGUUGCAGCAAGAGGCUGUUUCUGCACCCAAGUGUUGCAAGGGGCAGCCCCCUACUCCAGCUGGCACAGCUUCCACAGAAGGGCCCCUGAGAAGAAGGGCCAGCCAGCACGAUUCACAGCCCACCUUUGCUCCUUCCUUGCACGUCGGGGUUGAAAGAGCCAGAAUGGUACCCAAACCCCCAGUCUUGAUCUUUAAAGAACAGAGAUCUAUCCUGCCUUUGCUUCUUUCCUCUCUCCCUCAUCUGGUUUGCAUCUCAGGGAUAUCCCAUGUGGUCUGAUAUGUUUCCUGGUAGGGUCCCUGUUCCCUCCUCUUCCUGCGGUGUGGAGGUGGAGUCCCCCCUAACAUUAGCUGCUCAGACCUUGCUGCCCAGGAAUAUUUCCAUACCCCUAACAGCAUACUUCUUCCAUAGGCCUGGCUAGUCAGAGAAAGUUCACAGCCUGUGUCUCCUUAGACAGUCCAAGAAGGUUAAGCAAGCACUACUGGAGGAUCUCCAUGUGAAAGAUUGGCUCAGGAAGGGAUUUCUUAAUCGCAGAUGAGCAUCAUGAUUUUAGAGGCGCAAAUCAGUCUGGGUAAGCAACAGAAAGCCUUUGGGGCCAGCACAACUGAAUUAUAUUCCUGGUUAUACUCAGCUUGCACCACAUCAAGAGAUCAGAAUUAGGUCCAAGGUGCUUCCACUUUCCUUCCUUCCCAUUUUAC